AUGAGGGACAUUGGCAAACCUCCAGUUCGCGGGAAGACGUCGCCGUAUGGAUUUUUUGUGAAGAUGUGUUACGAGGAGCACAAGAAGAAGUACCCUAAUGAGAACGUCCAAGUUACCGAAAUUUCAAAGAAAUGCAGCGAAAAAUGGAAGGAAAUGUCUGAUGAUGAAAAAAGACGAUUCUAUGAACUCGCUCAGAAGGAUGCUGAGAGAUACCAAGCUGAGGUUGCCGCUUAUGGAGGAGAAGAUGCCAUGAGAAAACGAAAGAGAGCCAAGAAAGAUCCCAAUGCGCCCAAACGAGCUUUAUCUGCUUUCUUCUUCUUCUCACAGGACAGACGGCCUGAUGUGCAACAGCAACACCCAGAAUGGAAAGUGGGCCAGGUAGCCCAAGAGUUGGGUCGACUUUGGAAAUUAGUUUCUGUUGAAGAAAAAGACAUGUAUGAACGCAAGGCGUUGGCAGAUAAGGAAAGAUAUGCAGAGGAAAUGCGGGACUAUAAGUCCGCCAUUACAAAAAUCCCUGGUUUAGAUCACUUGGAAGAUGAACACAGCCAUUCAGGCAUGCAUGUUGUGCAUGUGGAUGAUAUGCAACAUGGUCAAAUUGUUGGCGCUAUCUGA